UCGCUAGAGGACGACUCUUGGACGAAUUCGCUCUCCCCUGCAUGCUCGGCCGGCAUCAUGUCGAGUUUGGCGGUGAGAGACCCAGCCAUGGAUCGAUCACUGCGCUCGGUGUUCGUGGGGAACAUCCCGUAUGAGGCGACAGAGGAGCAGCUAAAGGACAUUUUCUCGGAGGUUGGUUCAGUUGUCAGUUUCCGUCUCGUAUAUGAUAGAGAGACCGGAAAGCCCAAGGGUUAUGGCUUCUGCGAGUACCAAGACCAGGAGACUGCGCUUAGUGCCAUGCGGAAUCUCAAUGGGCGAGAAUUUAGUGGGAGAGCGCUUCGGGUGGACAAUGCUGCCAGUGAAAAGAACAAGGAGGAGUUAAAGAGCUUGGGCCCGGCAGCGCCCAUCAUUGACUCACCCUAUGGGGACCCUAUUGAUCCUGAAGACGCUCCAGAAUCUAUUACUAGAGCAGUCGCCAGCCUGCCCCCAGAGCAGAUGUUUGAACUCAUGAAGCAAAUGAAGUUGUGUGUCCAAAACAGCCACCAGGAAGCUCGCAACAUGCUGCUUCAGAACCCACAGUUGGCGUACGCUCUGCUGCAGGCACAAGUGGUGAUGAGAAUCAUGGAUCCAGAGAUUGCACUGAAAAUUUUGCAUCGUAAGAUACAUGUCACGCCACUGAUCCCGGGCAAAUCUCAGCCUGUCUCUGGCCCCGGCCCUGGUGCUGGUCCUGGCGCUGGCCCCGGUCCUGCCCCUGGGCUCUGCCCAGGACCUAACGUUAUGCUGAACCAACAGAAUCCUCCAGCCCCUCAGCCUCAGCAUUUGCCAAGAAGACCUGUGAAGGACAUUCCUCCUCUGAUGCAGACUUCUAUCCAGGGAGGAAUUCCCGCUCCAGGGCCAAUACCAGCCGCAGUACCUGGACCCGGACCUGGUUCUUUAACUCCUGGAGGAGCAAUGCAGCCACAAGUUGGCAUGCCAGUGGUUGGUCCAGUGCCCUUAGAGCGAGGACAAAUGCAGAUGUCAGAUCCGAGACCUCCAAUACCUCGUGGACCCAUGCCUUCUGGUGGCAUACCUCCUCGAGGACUACUGGGAGAUGCUCCAAAUGACCCACGUGGAGGGACUUUGCUCUCCGUUACUGGAGAAGUCGAACCCAGAGGUUAUAUGGGACCACCUCAUCAGGGUCCUCCCAUGCACCAUGGUCAUGACAGCCGUGGCCCUUCAUCGCAUGAUAUGAGAGGAGGGCCAUUAGCAGCGGAUCCCAGAAUGCUAAUUGGAGAGCCCAGAGGACCCAUGAUAGAUCAAAGAGGUCUACCUAUGGAUGGUAGAGGAGGUAGAGAGUCUCGAGGGAUGGAGCCGCGGCCUAUGGAAACUGAGGUCUUGGAACCACGAGGAAUGGAGAGAAGAAUGGAGACCUGUGCGAUGGAAACCAGAGGAAUGGAAGCAAGAGGCAUGGACGCAAGAGGACUGGAGAUGAGGGGCCCUGGCCCUAAUUCCAGAGGUCCAAUGACUGGUGGAAUCCAGGGUCCUGGCCCCAUUAAUAUGGGGGCAGGUGGCCCUCAGGGACCUAGACAGGUUUCAAACAUUGCAGGAGUGGGGAAUCCUGGAGGUGGCAUGCAGGGGCCAGGUAUACAAGGAGCAGGUUUGCAGGGGGCAGGUAUACAAGGAGGAGGAAUGCAGGGGGCAGGAAUACAAGGAGCAGGAAUGCAGGGAGCAGGUAUACAAGGAGGAGGAAUGCAGGGAGGAGGCAUGCAAGGAGGGAUGCAGGGAGCAGGCAUGCAGGGAGGGAUGCAGGGAGCAGGCAUGCAAGGAUCGAGUAAGCAAGGUGGAGGCCAGCCUAGCAGUUUUAGUCCUGGGCAAAGCCAGGUAACUCCGCAAGAUCAAGAAAAGGCAGCUCUGAUCAUGCAGGUUCUGCAGCUGACCGCAGACCAGAUUGCCAUGCUGCCCCCAGAGCAAAGACAGAGCAUCUUGAUUUUAAAGGAACAAAUCCAGAAAUCCACUGGUGCUUCUUGAAAGGUUUUCAAUGAGGAAGUACUUAGUUAUUCCUUCAGUUUAUUCUGUGGCAUGAAGUGGGUGCAAAAAGCUGCCGUCUGUGUUUGGAUACCUUAAUGGCUUAAAGUUUCCUUCUCCCUAGACUUUAGUCUUAUUUCUAGUCUUUGCUUUCUGUUUUGUUUUCUUUCUUUCUUUUUUUUUUUUUUUUUCCUUUUUUUGAUAUUUUGAGGGUGGGAGUUGGAGGGAGUGGGUUGGCUCACGUUGUCACUGUUGCUCUGCUGGGUACCCAGAAAAUGAGGACAGCAUACCAAAUAAGGAUAUGAGGAAAAGACAGCAAAAAUAACAUGUUUGCAUUUUGUUCAUUAUAUUUUUAAAAUGUUGAGUGAACUGUGAGACCUACAUAAAAAGUGAAAGUGGCCUGUUGCAGUAUUGCUGAACUAAGAUAGUUUAAAGAUUUUUUUGGUUAUAUAUUGAACUGAAUGUCAAAAUGUUAAAAGAGAUUUUUUUUUUUUUUGUAAACCAAAAUAAUAAUUCUAUUUUGGAAGCAGUAGAGUAUUGUAUUAAGGUUGCCACUUUAGUUAUUUUGGUAUUAUUUUGAACUAUUAGAGCUAACAGUGUAUGGUAAAAUUUGUAGCAGUGGGGUUGGUUUUUAAAAGCACUGUUGUCUAUAAAAAGAUAACUCUUCAUUUAUCUGAGCCCAUUAGUAUUUUUGCCUGAUCUCAUCUGUGGUGAUAUUGUAGGCUAGUUGUAGUGUCAACUGACUUACCAAGUCUCCUCUGGUGAGACUCAAGUAAUCUCAAUACAUUUCUCGAAAAAAUUCCUAAGCUCCAAGUCUGGUUGUGACUGAUUUUCUCACAUCUGUAAGAAUCAGUUAAACAUGGGGUUAGACUUUGUUGGGUAAUGGAGGUUUUAUCAGUAAAGCUCCCAGGUUCUUUAAACCACUAUCCACGCACAGAUGCAAUCUAUUUGGUUGGCAGGAAUCAGAAGUUAAGACUCUGUCUUCACAUUUUGAUGUGUCUUAUAGUUUGAUUACUUUCAUAAACUCAUGUCAUCAUCGUACUAGAACUGAGGCCCAAGUACACCGACAACUCUGCUCAGUUAACUUAAUAUUUUAUUUCUUCAUUCCUAUGAGAUAUUUUUUAAAAUAAGGAAUGUGAAAUCUUUAGAGUUACCAUCUUAUUUUUCAGCUUUAAGUAUGUGGCACCUAGACAUUGUAUCCUAUCCAGUUAAUGAGCAGAAACAAGCACAAGUUCCCACUUGACCAAGUGACCUUCCUCUGUAGGAAAAUAAACAGCCAGCCAGAUUGAAGAGUAGCCUUAGGGAGAGAGCUGACCUAAGGGUUUGUUUUCCCCUCGCAAAAUUUGUACAUUUUAAGUGUAGAAGUUUCCAUCCCUAGGCUAUUUUCCUUCAGUUUAGUUUUUUUGUGCUAGUGUUAAGCUUUCUGUGUUUUCCUCUUCCUCCCCUAUGCUAGAGUUGAGUAGUGUACUUUUACCUUUGUGCUAAUUCUAAUUCCAUUUACCUGUAUCUUUUGAAAUUGUAGUUGCUAACCCCAAACUUCUUACAGUCUUUGUUAUAAGAAAAAUCUGCAUUGUUUAAUGAAGAUUAAAUAAAAAGGUUGUAUAAUGUA